UCUCCAAUAUCUCCAUUUGUUUUUUUUUUUGGUUUUUGAAAGAUAAUUCUCCAUUUGUUUCUUUUAUAACAAAAAUUCUCCCAUGUUAUCCUUUCUGAAUCGUGAUAACAUCUUGCUGGUUUUAAGAGAAUCGUCUGAUAACCACCGGUUAUGUCCUGACUGUGAUUUAUAACGGUGCCCUUUUGAUUUUCUCAUAUCUCAAAGUCCAUCUGUUUUUCUUCACAAGAAGAUGAUUAAAAUCUAGAAGAGGCUCUGAGCUAGGGUUUCACUGUCACUGUGUGUCCAAAGAAAGAAAAACAUCUCGAUAAGAAAGAAAAUAAUCAGUCGCUUUCGUGAAUUCAAAGCUGCUUCAAAUUCAUUUUCAACGUUGAAGCUUCUAGAGAUUCGAUCAGGUUUCAAAUUUUGUAAGAAUCUCUGUUCAAUUUGUCUCGUGGUGGUCGGAUUGAAUCGGUAGGGUAUGGCUCAAGCUGUAGAAGAAUGGUACAAACAGAUGCCGAUCAUAACCCGGUCGUAUUUGACGGCGGCUGUUGUCACCACCGUCGGAUGUUCCCUCGAGAUAAUAUCUCCUUAUAACCUAUACCUAAACCCUACCCUUGUGGUGAAGCAAUACCAGUUCUGGCGCCUCGUUACUAACUUCCUUUAUUUCCGUAACAUGGAUUUGGACUUCUUGUUCCAUAUGUUCUUUCUAGCUAGAUACUGCAAACUCCUUGAAGAAAACUCCUUCAGGGGAAAGACUGCUGAUUUCCUUUACAUGCUUUUAUUCGGGGCAACUGUUCUCACCGGUAUUGUUCUCGUUGGUGGGAUGAUACCUUACUUGUCCGUCUCUUUCUCCAAAAUCAUCUUCCUCAGCAACUCUUUGACUUUCAUGAUGGUCUAUGUAUGGAGCAAACAUAACCCUUACAUCCACAUGAGUUUCCUUGGCCUUUUCACUUUUACUGCAGCGUAUUUACCAUGGGUGCUUCUUGGGUUCUCUGUCCUUGUUGGUGCAAGUCCCUGGGGGGAUUUACUGGGAAUGAUAGCAGGUCACGCGUACUACUUCUUGGCAUUUGUGUAUCCACGAAUGACUGAUAGACGACCCUUGAAGACUCCAUCUUUCCUCAAAGCCCUAUUCGCUGACGAGCCUGUUGUUGUUGCACGGCCAGAAGAUGUGAGGUUUGCUCAUGCUCCCUUCGAUGAAAUCCACCAAGACUGAAUCUUUGAUUGUCCACACAAACACAGUUCAAGUCUGUUCAGAUCAUGUUAAAAGGGCAAAUGAUGUAACUCACUCAUCGACUCUUGUUCUACAUAGUUGUUGAUAAUGUGGAAGUUUUUGUUAGUUUUGUUUUCUCCUUUGUCUGACAUAUAUGUGUUUACCUCCUUGUGCAUAUAAGAACGUAAACUGUGUA